AUGAAAGGCAUAUUGAUCGCCGUACUUUUAUGUGUUUCGUUAAAAUCGAUGGCUCUUGGAUUUGUAUGUCCAGCUGAUGGUUUGUUUUUGAAUUCAGAAGAUAAGCAUUCAUACUAUCAAUGUGCAUCUGGAACUGCAUUUUUGAUGCCUUGCCCAUCAGGAUUAGUUUGGGACCAGAGCAGUCAUGUAUGUGAAUGGCCGUCAGUUCAAGCAUCUAAACGUUUCCUGAUUGUCGUUGGUGGAAACACAACAACUGGCAAAUGUCUCGAUAUUGCUGGCGGUGAUGCUGUCCUCCACGCCCAAAUUCAAUUAUUCCGGUGUCACGGAAGAGAAAAUCAACAAUUUGAAUUAAAUCACGAUGGUUCAAUUCGUAUCAUGGGCAAAUGUUUGGAUAUCCCUGAUUCGAGAGCCGUUGAUCAUCAAUCUAUACAACUAUUUCACUGUCGUUCUGCCCAGGAAAAUCAAGUUUUCACAAUUGACGGAGCAAAUCGUAUCCAUGUUAUGGGCAAAUGUUUAGAUGUACCCAAUGGUCAAAUAGUCAACAACAAUCCAUUACAAUUAUUCCGAUGUCACGAUCAAGCAAGUCAACGUUUCACCUUGUUACCUCUUUGA